AUGGCUAGCCAGCAAGACGAUUCCUCAACCCAAUAUUCCUCUCUUGACCGGGUAAUUGAGGUACCAUGCGACGACAGUCAAGACGUGACUUAUGGCCCCAAAAGCGAGUACUGCUAUCUGUCCUUCGCCCCAGAUGUCACGUUCUCCGGCUACCUGAGCCCUUCCCUCAAGCGUCUCACUGCACUACGAGCUUCUACUGCCCCCCCUGGAUCGUCACGAGGAUCUGAAGCCGGUAAUCAAGCUGUCUCCUACUUGAAGGGAUGGCGCGACACUCACGAAUCCCUCCUUGACCCCCGUAUGAACCGCCCUACCGACGAUAAAAGUCUACCCUCCCGGCUUGCUACCAAAGAGGAGCUCAUGACGUUCUUCCGUGAGGGCGCGACGAUGUGUGAGGAGGAGGGGUGUUGUAGGUCUGCUCUAAAGAUGAACAAAGGUGGAUUUGAAAAGAUGGUCAAGGGGGGUGUGGACUGGUUUGAGAGGGAGAUGGAAGAGCAUGGGAGGAAGUUUAACAGCGUACUCGAUAGGUUUGAAGAUGAUGAGCGAAAGGAUAUGAAGAAGGUCAUUACCGAGUCGCUGGGGGAAGGAUGGGAGGACCAGAUCAGAGCGUUCAGGAGUGCUACGGAUGAAGGGGAGAAGGUCUAUUUCCCAGUCGAGCUGGCCGAGAGAUUCAUUUGA